CCCCCUCCUCCAGCGAGUCAGCGAAUCUUCCCCUUAAAAUAUUGCAAAGCGGAAAAGGUUUUAAGAAUUGGGUUUAGAUUAUUUCUUUAAUUUUUAUAAGCUCAACGAGAGAGAGAGCGAGGGUUUCGUCUUCGAUCUGAUGCUUGAUGUCGAAGAUGAAGCAUCUACUGCGGAAGCUCCACAUCGGCGGCGGAAGCGGCGGAGGCGGAGGGAUCGAUCACAACCAGCCCGAUCUGCUAUCGGCGGCCGAUCUAGGAGUGGUGUCGGAGGCCGGUAGCGGAUCAAAGUUGGAUCUGGUGACGACGUCGGCGACCGUUGGGACGGCGGGGACUGGGGGCGAUUUUAGUUUGUUUGAGGAAGAGUACCAGGUACAGUUGGCGUUGGCGCUGAGCGCAUCGGAUCCGGAUGGGGUGGAGGAUUUGGACUCAGUGCAGAUGAAGGCGGCAAAGAGGAUGAGCUUGGUAAGCUCCGCUACAGCGGAGGCGGGGGUUGGGAGUAGGGGAGGGGAGCAGAACGCUAUGGAGUUCUUGUCACUUCGGUAUUGGAGUUACAAUGUCGUCAACUAUGAUGAGAAGCUGAUGGAUGGGUUUUAUGAUGUAUAUGGUGUUAUAUCAAAUCCUAACUCACAAGGGAAAAUACCUUCAUUGGUUGAUCUUCAAGCAAUACCAGUUUCAGAUAAUAUUGUUUAUGAAGUGGUUUUAAUAAAUCACAGUUUAGAUCAGGCACUUCAACAACUUGAGAGGAGAGUGGCAUCAAUUGCUUUAGAAUGCAAAGCUGGUGAACAUGGACUAAUUUCUAGUGGUUUGGUUCAGAAGAUUGCUGACCUUGUUGUCGAAAGCAUGGGUGGUCCAGUUGGUGAUGCUGAGGAUAUGCUUAGAAGAUGGACAUUCAAGAGUUAUGAGUUGCGGUCAUCUCUGAACACUAUCGUCCUUCCCCUUGGUUUGCUGGAAGUUGGAUUAUCACGCCAUCGGGCCUUGCUCUUCAAGGUAUUAGCUGAUCACGUAAACCUGCCGUGUAAGCUAGUGAAAGGGAGCUAUUACACUGGUACUGACGAAGGAGCUGUAAAUUUGAUUAAAGUCGGCUAUGACAGUGAGUAUAUUGUUGAUCUUAAUUCUGGGCUUAACCCACAUAGUGGUGAUACCAUUGACCAGACAGUUACAGAUUUAUGCUUGGCUCUUGACAAUGUUAAUUCUCAGAUUGAGAAGAAAAGCCACAGGUCAGAAGAAAGUUCAUCUGGUAAUAAUUCUGUUUCUGGUAUUGCAUGCUUUCAGUUGGAAGAGGAAUCAAAAUCAGGCUCUUCAGCUGUUGGUGAUAAUCUGAGAAACACUGGAAAAGAUCAAACUGAGAAGUCUGGAGACAAACUGUUUCUUCCUUCACCAGAUAGACAGCCAGAUAGACUAAAAGCAGACGCAUCAGGUGCUACAGAAAUAUCACCUGCUCAACAGAUGAAAGUUCAUGAUGUUUCAAAAUAUGUAGUUACUGCAGCAAAAAACCCUGAAUUUGCGCAGAAAUUGCAUGCUGUGCUGUUGGAGAGUGGAGCAUCGCCACCCCUAGAUUUGUUUUCAGAUCUAAACUUAUCAGACAACCUAGGAGAACAAAAGGAUGUUAACAAUAUAUGCAUGGAGGGAGAAGGGGUAACAGCAUACCAGUUGCCUAACAAACACGCAGAAUCUUCAAACUUAGCUGAUGAUAAAAGGAAGCAGCAAUCUUUUGAAGACAUGUAUGAUAAGCAAGGAAGAAAGGAUGAUAUGUUCUGGAAUCCAGUAGAGUCUUCUCAGCGUCCACCAUUCAUGAGAGGAAGCAAAGGGGUGUUGGUACACGAAACUGGAGCUACUGUAAAUUGCCUGCAUGAUUCUUGUGCUAUAGACAGGGAUAUAGUUCAUAUUACUUCUGUCCCAUUUAGAGCUCAAUACCAAAAUCAAAUGCCUCUUCCUUCUGCUCCAUACGAAGCUGAGUCUAGCCCAAAGCAAGCUGUAAGUAAUUCAAAAGCAGUAGGUAAACAGUACUCUCAUACAAAUGCGGAGAAAGCUACAGAAAAUGUUGGCGCACAAGGCAAUAUAUUUGUGGGAGAAUGUCAACAGAACCCUUUCCUGAAUUUUACUAGUACGCGUGAAAAUAAUCAGAACAAAUUGCGGUUUGCUGAUAAUGAAAAACUAAAUUCAUUGUUGGAUGGUGUUGCUGAAUGGGAGAUACCAUGGGAAGACCUUCAGGUUGGAGAGCGAAUUGGUCUUGGAUCAUAUGGGGAGGUCUAUCGUGCAGACUGGAAUGGCACGGAGGUUGCUGUGAAGAAAUUUUUGGAUCAGGGUCUUUCAGGUGAUGCAUUGGAGCAAUUCAGAUGUGAAGUCAAAAUUAUGUUAAGGUUAAGGCAUCCGAAUGUUGUCCUUUUCAUGGGAGCGGUGACUCGACCUCCAAAUCUUUCAAUAUUGACCGAAUUUCUCCCGAGGGGGAGUUUAUAUAGGUUGUUGCAUCGUCCCAAUGCUAAACUGGAUGAAAAACGUAGACUGAAAAUGGCAUUCGAUGUGGCCAAAGGAAUGAAUUAUUUGCACACAAGCCAUCCAACAAUUGUACAUCGUGAUUUGAAGUCGCCUAAUCUACUUGUUGAUAAAAAUUGGGUGGUCAAGGUUUGUGACUUUGGCUUAUCAAGAUUGAAGCACCACACCUUCUUGUCUUCAAAAUCAACAGCUGGAACACCAGAAUGGAUGGCACCGGAAGUCUUACGAAAUGAGCCUUCCAAUGAGAAGUGUGAUAUAUAUAGCUUUGGUGUCAUACUAUGGGAGCUAGCUACCAUGCGCAUGCCAUGGAGCGGUAUGAACCCAAUGCAAGUUGUUGGAGCUGUUGGGUUCCAGAAUAGACGCCUUGACAUACCGAAAGAGGUUGAUCCGAUGGUUGCACAAAUAAUAACUGAUUGUUGGAAUAGUGAGCCCAGUCAGCGUCCAUCCUUUUCUCAGCUUAUGUCACCACUUAAGCAACUGCAGAGGCUAAUUGUCGCAACCAGUUAAAGCCUCUGAACUGAAGAGGAAGCAGGAGACACUAUGAACCAUUAAUUAACCCAAAAUUAACAGUUUCUGUCAGGUGUGAAAUCAGUGGGCACCAAUACUUGUUGCAGGAUCUAUUUAUUGACUCAAAAAUGAAGUGUGAAUUUGGAUUCAGCAUUUGUUCAAGUACAGAUUGGACUUCUUGCCUGAAAAAGAAAAGGUUUGCACGUGUAUCCUCUGAAGCUGUGCGAAGUGCAGCAGCAGAAGCAACUCCAAAUCCUGUUAAAGCCUGGAAGUACUGUUGAGAGCACAACAAAGCAUAUAAUUCAGUUGUUUUCGUUUCCAGAUUUCGAAAGAGGUGGAUCUUGGCAAGUCGGAAAUGUACGUCGGGUAGGUUUUUGUGAUUAAUGUUGAUGAGAAACAGAAGGUAAAGGAAAGGGGGGAAAGAUAAUGUUCAGGGUUGCACAAGUCGCAUUCCCUUGUUUAAGCCUCCAAUAAGGUGAUUGUCGCUUGCCCAAACUGGCUAUAAAAUGUUCAUAAACUGUCAUAAAACACUGUCUCGCACACGCACAUCUCUAAUAAUUACUGUAGCCUGAGAUACUAAUCCUGUUCUCAUAAGCAACUGUAACUUAAGAUAUCUGAGGAUUAACAGUAUAUCCAAAGUUUAAGAGUUGAAUACUAGUUGCGGGGCAUUUUUGAGA